GCGCGCGCGGCCUGAGUCUCCUCGGCGCGAAGGAGGGGGACGCGGCGAGGGGCUCAUCAAGUUUUGGUGUGUGGUGGCCAGUUCUGAAAUCUCCUUGAAGAAAUUCUACAUUGAAGAAGAUCAAAGCAGCAGUCUUUGACAAUUAGAGAAUGGACCGUUUGGGUUCCUUUAGCAAUGAUCCCUCUGAUAAGCCACCUUGUCGAGGCUGUUCUUCCUACCUCAUGGAGCCUUAUAUCAAGUGUGCUGAAUGUGGGCCACCUCCUUUUUUUCUCUGCUUGCAGUGUUUUACUCGUGGAUUUGAGUACAAGAAACAUCAAAGUGAUCAUACUUACGAAAUAAUGACUUCAGAUUUUCCUGUUCUUGAUCCCAGCUGGACUGCUCAAGAAGAAAUGGCCCUUUUAGAAGCUGUCAUGGACUGUGGCUUUGGAAAUUGGCAGGAUGUAGCCAAUCAAAUGUGUACCAAGACCAAGGAGGAGUGUGAGAAGCACUAUAUGAAGCAUUUCAUCAAUAACCCCCUGUUUGCAUCUACCUUGCUAAACCUGAAGCAAGCAGAGGAGGCAAAAACUGCUGACACAGCCAUUCCAUUUCACUCUACCGAUGACCCUCCCCGGCCUACCUUUGACUCCCUGCUUUCUCAGGACAUGGCAGGAUACAUGCCAGCCCGAGCAGACUUCAUUGAGGAGUUUGACAAUUACGCAGAGUGGGAUUUGAGAGACAUCGAUUUUGUUGAAGAUGACUCAGACAUUUUACAUGCUCUGAAGAUGGCUGUGGUGGAUAUCUAUCAUUCCAGGUUAAAGGAGAGACAAAGGCGAAAAAAAAUUAUAAGAGACCAUGGACUAAUCAACCUUAGAAAGUUUCAGUUAAUGGAACGGCGCUAUCCCAAGGAGGUCCAAGACCUUUAUGAAACAAUGAGGCGAUUUGCAAGGAUUGUGGGGCCAGUGGAGCAUGACAAGUUCAUCGAAAGCCAUGCAUUGGAAUUUGAACUCCGAAGGGAAAUCAAAAGGCUCCAGGAAUACAGGACAGCAGGCAUUACCAGUUUCUGUAGUGCCAGAACCUAUGAUCACCUCAAGAAGACACGAGAGGAAGAGCGCCUUAAACGCACCAUGCUCUCUGAAGUCCUCCAAUACAUCCAAGACAGUAGUGCUUGCCAGCAGUGGCUCCGCCGGCAAGCUGACAUUGAUUCCGGCCUGAGUCCUUCUAUUCCAGUGGCUUCAAAUUCAGGUAGACGAAGUGCACCACCUUUGAACCUCACUGGCCUCCCUGGCACAGAGAAGCUGAAUGAAAAAGAAAAGGAGCUUUGUCAGAUGGUGAGGUUGGUCCCUGGAGCCUAUUUAGAAUACAAAUCCGCUCUGUUAAAUGAAUGUAACAAGCAAGGAGGCUUGAGACUGGCACAGGCAAGAGCACUGAUCAAGAUAGACGUGAACAAAACCCGGAAAAUCUAUGAUUUCCUCAUCCGAGAAGGAUACAUCACUAAAGCCUGAGGCUCUAAGGACUUGGGAUCAGAAAUCAGAAGUUUGGAAUGUUGUGGGCUGAAGAUAGUGUGCAUUCUGAAGAGUUGUUUUUGUGCUGAAUUUUCACUGUAAAAAGAGAGGAAGGACAUAGGAAAACUUAA